AUGGCUGACGAUCCGUCGCCACGUAACGAAGGUGGAGGUAUAAGGCCAUGUCACAACAGUCCACGGAGACUUGCUCAUCUUGCAAGGCCUCCCAGAGGUGCAAGACAAACGGAGAUGAAAACCGGACUCUUGCAAUUGUUAUAUGCUAACCCUUUUACAGGUUUGUCACAUGAAGAUCCGUACAACCAUUACGUCAAAUUCUAUGAAAUUGCCGGUUCACUUGGUGCUCCUGAAGCGGAGGAGGAAGCGGUGUUCAUGAGAAUGUUUCCACAUUCAUUGAUAGGAAAUGCCAAAGAUUGGUACCUUGAUUUACCAGCUCAAGUUAUGACAAAUUGGAAUACCUUGGACGAGAAGUUUCUUGAUCGGUUCUUUCCACAUCAUAAAUUCAUGGAGUCAAAGACAUCAAUUGCGGUGUUUUCUCAAGGCUCCAAUGAGACUCUAUGUGAAGCAUGGGAUCGAUACAAAGCAAUGCUGCGUAAAUGCCCUAAUCAUGGAUUUGAUGAACUAACCCAAAUUCAUAUUUUUAGAAAUGGUCUCUUGCAGGAUUCGAAGCUCCUUUUAGAUGCAACAGCAGGUGGUUCCCUUUUAUCAUUGAGUGCUGCAGAUGCUACAACAAUUAUUGAAAAGAUGUCACUUAGUGAUCGACAAGGUGAACGCAGCAAAACUCAAAGGAAGCCAGGAAUUCUUGAACUCGAUACAUCAGAUGCUGUUUUGGCUCAGAAUAAGCUUCUUACCAACACGGUGGAGGAGUUAUCCAAACAAAUGUCAAAGUUGAUGACUCUUCAAGAAGGGUCAACUAAAGCCAAACAGGUUGCAGCAUGUGAAUUAUGUACCGGAGACCAUCCAACAGGUCAUUGUCCUCCGUCUAAUGAGGAAGUGAAUUUCAUGGGAACUCAACAAAGGCAAGGUCAGUACCAAAAUGCUGGCUAUCAAAGAGGGAAUAAUUCAAACUAUGGCCAAGGUUGGAGACAAGAUGUUGGUUCGUCCAAUAGGCAAAGACAGUAUGAAAGCUAUAGUCAUCCACCUCCACAACAAUCUCAACAAACAUGCUUAGAAGAUACAUUGAGAUCGUUCAUGGAGAUGCAGUCCAAGCAAAAUAUGAUGCAGCAACAACACUUGCAACAGUUUCAACAAGAAACUCAGACAUAUCAACGAGGCAAUGAUGCGGUGUUAAGAAACUUGGAAACUCAGAUUGGUCAAAUAGCAAGGGAAAUGUCCAACAACAAGAAUCAAGGAGGUACUUUUGCAGCCAACACCGAACCAAAUCCAAAAGAGCAAUGUAAGUCUAUAACAACUCGAAGUGGUAAGGAGGUAGGCAAGGGAAUCGGUGACAACUUAAAAACUGAAGGGGAGGUGUUAAGAAGAAAAGAAAAAGAGGGAGUAGAAGAAAGUGAGCCAGGAGUUGAAGAAAAUAAAGAGGGAGACUUAGUUGAAAAUGAAAAAAAUGAAAAAGAAGAAGAAGAGCUUGAGGGAGAAGUGAGUAGUGAGAGGAAGAAAAAAAAUCAAAAGGCAAGAGAAGAGAAAAGCAUUCAGAAAACUCCUCCUGUUCAACACUUACCAUAUCCACAUGCUCCAUCAAAGAAAGACAAGGAAAGGCAAUAUGCAAGGUUUCUCGACAUAUUCAAAAGGUUGCAAAUCAACAUUCCAUUUGCCGAAGCCUUAGAGCAGAUGCCGACGUAUGCGAAGUUCAUGAAAGAGAUUCUUACAAAAAAGAGAAAGUAUGAUGAUGAUGAAGUUAUCCAGUUAGAUGCAAGCUGCAGUGCUAUCAUCCAACGCACUCUUCCGACAAAAGAAAAAGAUCCGGGAAGAGUUACGUUACCGGUCACCAUUGGUAAUGUAGAUGUUGGAAAGGCUCUCAGAGGAUUUAUAUAA